AUGCCGACUGUCAGCGUGAAGCGGGAUCUGCUCUUCAAAGCCCUGGGAUGGACCUACAAGGUCCAGAUCGUAAGCCUUGUAGGUAGUGUACUCUCUAUCACAACUCAGCUGUUACAGUAUACUUCUGAGAAAGAAAUCAUAAGUAAGGAACAAGGUAAUGAAAAGGCAGAGGGAGCCUCUGAUGUUGUUCUUUACAAAAUUGACGUCCCUGCCAAUAGAUAUGAUCUCCUGUGUUUGGAAGGAUUGGUUCGAGGAUUUCAAGUCUUCAAAGAAAGGAUAAAGGCUCCAGUGUAUAAACGGGUAAUGCCUAAUGGAGAAAUCCAGAAAUUGAUCAUCACUGAAGAGACAGCUAAAAUACGUCCUUAUGCUGUGGCAGCAGUUCUCCGAAAUAUAAAGUUCACUAAAGAUCGAUAUGACAGCUUCAUGGAACUCCAGGAGAAAUUACAUCAGAACAUUUGCAGGAAAAGAGCCUUGGUUGCUAUUGGUACUCAUGAUUUGGACACUUUGUCAGGCCCUUUUACAUAUACAGCAAAGCGACCUUCAGAUAUCAAAUUCAAGCCUCUAAAUAAGACCAAGGAGUAUACAGCCUGUGAACUGAUGAAUAUAUACAAGACUGACAACCACCUUAAACAUUAUUUACAUAUCAUUGAAAAUAAACCCCUGUACCCAGUUAUCUAUGAUAGCAAUGGUGUCAUCCUUUCAAUGCCUCCGAUUAUCAAUGGAAAUCAUUCCAAAAUAACCGUAAAUACUAAAAAUGUAUUUAUUGAAUGCACAGGAACUGACUUCACUAAGGAACUCAUUCUAGUGGGAGAAUUAGCCAUAUACCUGAAUGGAAAUUUAUGGCCCUUUUUGUUUUUAAUAUUUCUGGCUUUUUGUUUUCUUUUAAGGGUUGAAGCAGCUGAGGUAGUUUUUCCUAAUGGAAAAUCCUAUACCUUUCCAGAACUGGCUUACAGAAAGGAGAUAGUGAGAGCUGAUCUAAUUAACAAAAAAGUUGGAAUCAGAGAAACUCCAGAAAAUAUUGCCAAGCUUCUAACGAGGAUGUGUUUAAAGUCAGAAGUAAUAGGUGAUGGGAAUCAGAUUGAGAUUGAAAUCCCACCGACCAGAGCUGACAUUAUCCAUGCAUGUGAUAUUGUAGAAGAUGCAGCUAUUGCCUAUGGAUAUAACAACAUUCAGAUGACUCUCCCGAAAACCUACACCAUAGCUAAUCAAUUUCCUCUUAAUAAGCUCACAGAACUCCUGAGACAUGACAUGGCAGCCGCUGGAUUCACGGAAGUGCUUACCUUUGCUCUGUGCUCCCAAGAAGAUAUUGCUGAUAAACUUGGUUUGGACAUCUCUGCAACAGAAGCAGUCCACAUAAGUAAUCCUAAAACAGCUGAAUUUCAGGUGGCACGCACUACCCUUCUUCCUGGCCUCCUAAAGACCAUAGCUGCGAAUCGGAAGAUGCCCCUUCCUCUGAAACUGUUUGAAAUCUCUGACAUCGUAGUAAAAGAUUCUAGCAGAGAUGUAGGUGCAAGAAACUACAGGCAUCUCUGUGCUGUUUAUUACAACAAGAAUCCUGGGUUCGAGAUAAUCCAUGGGCUACUGGACAGAAUCAUGCAGUUGCUUAAUGUGCCUCCUGGUGAAAAGAAGGGCGGAUAUGUGAUCAAAGCAUCAGAAGGCAAGCCUUCAGAUACGGUUUUUGUUACCUUCUUGGAAGGGAUUAAACAACUCAAACCAGUUUUGCAGCAGCCGUGA